AGCCGUGUCGUCUGCCGAAAACUCACGCGAAGAAGAAGUUGCACGUUGUUAACGUGAUAGUGUCGUAGCAGAGAAUUUGUGACUACGUUUUAGACCGUAGCUCUGGCCACAACAGUAUAACUGAAAUUGAUUGAUUAUACGAUGGAAAGCGACACCGAGAUGGAGGACUUCGAUAGCAGCGAGGAGGAAAGCAAUUGGUCUGAUGAUAGUUACCUUGCAGACGAAGACUUCAGCUUCGACUAUCAGGAGGGAGUGGAUGCACACGAGGACGCUCUUGAUUGGGAAGAGGACUCAAAUGAAUCAGCAGGUGACACACCACCCAGAGUCACACCAAGGAAAGAGAGCCAAUCUGAGAGCGAGGUAAACUGUUCUGGUUCUCCAGAAGAACCAUGGUUACCAUGCAAAGGGUCACAGUCAACAAGGACAUCAAGUGUUAAAACUGACGAAGAUGAUGCCCCACUGCUGAGCACCUUGCAGCCAGACCAACAGCGUAGCCCGUCAGUGAAUUUGUCAACAAAGACCUAUUCUCCACGUAAAAGAGUGCUGGCCUCACCCUCAUUAAAGUGCAAAGUACCACGUCUCUCGACCCCAAGAAAAACCUCUCGCUUACCACACAGAACAACCGAGUCAGAUCAGCCAUGGAAAACCGAGGAACACCCUGAUGAGGGUCCUCAACCUUUGAGAUUUUGUCCAUGCAGACCUCCUGGACCUCAAGUAGAUCCCUCAGCCAUGUACUCACCGUUAGACUUAUUUCAAAUGUUUUUUACCAAAGUCACGGUCAGAACCCUCUGCGACAAUACAAAUAGACAAGCGGCUAGAAAUAUUGGUAGGGGCAAAAAGUUUAAGUGGAUAGAUAUAACUGUGAAGGAGUUUUACAAAUUCAUUGGAUUGGUCUUCUUUACUGCUCUGGUUAAGACAAGAGCUAUCAGUGAUUACUGGAUAACAAACUCCAUCUUCUCGAUUCCGUUUCCAGCUACUGUGAUGAACAGGGAUAGAUACAGAAUCAUAUCAUGGAACAUUCACAUGAGUGAUCCUGAUGAGGACGCUGUCAAUGACAGUAAAAAGGGCACACCUGAAUAUGAUAGGCUAUUUCAUCUCAAACCAUUAAUGAAUGACAUUCGUCAUGCCUGCAUGUCCUGUUUCCACCCACAUAGAAACCUGGCUGUAGAUGAACGGAUGGUGGCAUCAAAAGCAAGAAAUGGGUUGAUUGAAUAUAUCAAGUCAAAGCCCACUAAAUUUGGCUUUAAGAUUUUUGUGUUAGCUGACUCCAGCAACGGCUAUACAGUGGACUAUGCUGUGUAUAUCGGCAAGAACACGUUUCCUGUUGGCUUUGGAAUUUGUCACGAUUCAGUGAUGUCCCUCGUAAGGCCCUCUGUUCUUGGCUCAGGUUACCAUGUGUACCUUGACAACUACUUCUCCAGCCCAAAAUUAUUCAAGGACUUAUUUGACAUGAAAAUGGGAGCGUGUGGUACCAUGAGGGAAGGCAGAUUGGGCUUCCCAAGAUCAGAAGAAAAUGCGCUGACCAAGAAAUCCCCAAGAGGAUCUUUACGGUGGAUAAGGGAGGGCUCCCUGCUCUUUGUGAAGUGGAAGGAUGCCCGGGAAGUGUCGAUGGGUACCACUAUUCAUCAAGCGUAUGGAGGGGAGACGAUAAAAAGGAAACGCAAGAAUAAGGAUGGCAAAUGGUCUCAUGAGUCAAUUCCAGUACCCACCCCAAUUCUAGAAUACAAUAAAAACAUGGGAGGUGUUGACUUAUCUGACCAACUGAUUACUUACUUCUCAGCCCACCGCAAAACAAUGAAGUGGUACCGAACAUUGUUCUACCAUUUUGUGGACAUAGCGACUACUAACAGCUACAUCAUUCACAAGGAUCUGUGUAAAGUGAACAAGCUGCAGCCCAUGACCCACAAAGAAUUCACGCAAGCGCUCGUGGCCCAGCUCUGCGAGGUGUCCAUUGAGACUCAGUCCAAGCCGACGAACACUGGACAUACACCUGUCCCGAUCAAGCCUGUGGCAGACAAAAGCAAGAGAAGCUCUGCAGGACGAAAGCGCUGCGAACUCUGCAAGAAAUCGGGACACUCCAAAGACACUCCCUGGAAGUGCAAUGAGUGUGGCGUACCACUCUGUGUCAUUCCAGACAGAAAUUGCUUUCAUGAUUGGCACAACUUUGAGGGAAUGGCCCCAGUUGAGUAUCAGUCUUCUGACUCUUGAGUAAAGCUGUAAGACUUGUGCAGCUAUAUCCUAUCCAUCGCAGAUGAGUGCUGUUGGAUCUGUUGCCUUAUUGCACAUUUUUGUGUAUUUCAACAAAAUGCUGCUCAUUUUCAAUUUUUUAUUUAUUUAUUUAUUAUUAUUAUUUUGUACCUUUUAUUUAACUAGGCAAGUCAGUUAUGAACAAAUUCUUAUUUUCAAUGACGGCCUAGGAACAGUGGGUUAACUGCCUGUUCAGGGGCAGAACGAAAGAUUUGUACCUUGUCAGCUCAGGGAUUUGAACUUGCAACCUUUCGGUUACUAGUCCAACGCUCUAACCACUUUGACUUUUGAUAGGAGUAAUACUGUUGUGUUGUUUUUCCAAGAUAAUGGAUACCAGGCCAUAAAUUUGUCAAUAGGGAAAAGGUUAAAUAUAUGGUUUUUGGGAUGUACUAUUUGUAAAUAACUUGUUAUUAACUUGUGCUGGUUUUAUUCAGCAAUAUUGUGUUCUGGUAUUCUAGUGUGUCAUUAAAUCCUGCAUGACUGUGUGCACACAACUUCACACCAUCGCCUUCCGUUUGAUCACGAUUAUCUUUAUCAGAUUACAUGGCCUGACUUUUUCCACUGUUAUGUAAUAGCUCAAUUUGAGUCAAGUGAAGGUGUUUUAAAAUGUACUGUACUGGUCAAUGAUGUGGAUUUGAAACAUAUUGCAACCCUAUGGCUCAUAAUGUGGUGAGGCUACUAUGACUAACAAUGUAUUUUCAGAUGUGAAAGAAUCAACCUCAAAAUAACCCAGCUUUUCUCGCUUUGUUUUACUGUCAUUAUAUAUUUUUUUAAAUGUACUUCAUGCUAGAGUAGUUAUUAGAAGAAACUUCCUUUACGAUGAACCAACCUUGUAUAUUAUUUGUUGAGUUUCUCUUUUCUACUGUGUAGUAAUGGUUAUUUUGUUUUACCAAAAGGUUCUACUCCAAAAUACCACUCCACCCACAUGCACGCACGCAUGCAUGCACGUAGAUCAACGGAGUGAAGCUUGUAGUAAGCCUUUGGGAAUCCCCGGUGUCUGAUGCACGCCGUUUGGUGCUACACAGACCCGGUGGCGAUCGCGAGACAGAGGAGACCCUGUCUGUCCUUCUGAGUUUUGAUGCAGAACGUUUGCCUGAUGAAGUCAUGCUAGGAGGGAGAUUCUGAGGUGUGAGAAGUGUGCAGGAGGGAGGGUAUGGGUACAGCCAUCACUGGUACAGAGUGACCCGAACAGUUUGUGCUUUAGUAAGGUUUGCUUCUUGGUGUUUAUUGCUGUGGUCAUUAAUUGUACCACACAGAUGGAAAGGAAAUCCCAGAAGAUUGAAUUGGUAGGAGCAGCAGUAGAGAUGUUUUUGGGUAUCAGAGAUUUUAGUGCAGAAGAGCUAGAGGUGGUUUUGAGAUAAGGGUGUAGGAUCUGUUGGGGCCAAAGUAGUGGGAAGGGGUGUUGGGGAUAGUGGUAUUGUGUGUGUGUGUAUAUGUGUAUGUGUAUGUGUGUAUAUAUAUAUAUAUAUAUAUAUAUAUAUAUAUAUUUUUUUUUUAAGGGUUGUUAGAUGGUGGUACAAUUUUCCUUGUAUUUAAUAUUUUACAAAUGUGCAAUGCACUUUCCAAACUGAAAGGCAGCAAUAUGCAACAAAGCAUCUAGUCUGAAGGAAAGCCACACAAAGAAAACAGAAAUAUGAACAAAGAAAUCAAGAUUACUGUUCUCCUUGCAUCAUGAUAUAAUGAUGGCAGCACAAGCGUGGAUUUCUUAUUCUUCAAAAUAUGAGUCCCCUGAAAAGACAUGUUAAACUUGGGGAAUAUCGAUUAUUUAUAUUUUUGCACUCCAGUGCAGUAGAACGGUUUUUCUAAAACAUUGCUACCACCUUUGGAAAAAAAUAAGUUGAUCAUUUGUUGAAUUCAUACCAUUUCUUUUUAAAAAGAUAACACAAACACUGGUAUGUUGUGUAGGCUAUAUUUAAAGAAAUACAUUUUUGAUAAAACACAUGUUAUUGGAAUUACUCAAUAGAUACCUCAAAAAUGUUAUUGGUCUCUGUAUUAAAUGGGUUUAAUACAGAGUGCUGCUGGUGACUCCUUAUUCCAUUCACGGCAGUGCAAUACACAAUGCAUGGUCUUUACUAACCAAAUAUGGUUCGUUUUGGAGGGGGACUGUGUUGCAUGGCCUGCUGCUGGCUUUUAACCCCGCCCUCUCCAUAGCCCCAAUAAAAUAAAUAAACUGUACAUGGGAUACUUAUUAGCUUGUAGAGAGAACUUUUAUACCUGUCUCAGAUACAGUGGGGUGGGAUAUACUCAGUGGCUCUCUACUAACCAAAUGUGUAGUUUUCAACGAAUAGUUGAACCAAGUCAUAUUUCAGGUAGGUAGAAAAGGCCUCUAUACAAGUUGAUAUGUGUCCCAUGUAGUCAAUUACAGUGUAUUGCAUUGAGGACUAUGGAGGGCAAAUCCUUGAAAGUUUGUGAAUUUGAGAGAAAAAAAAUCAAGGCCUUGAAAGUUUUUGGAAAUAGACAAAUAGACAUGGGUUGUUGAAAGUGCUUGAAUUUAUAUAUUUUGUGCAAGAAUAGAAAUUGAAGUUCUUUUAGAUUUUUUUUAACUUAACGUCAGUAAUAGGCUACGUUCCGCUGUCUGCAUGUGUCUCCUGCUGUCUUUGCAUCCUUGUUUCACACGCCACCUGCCUCGAGAGAGUGCGACGGUCACGUGCGUGCAAGAGUGAUUGAAGUCGAAUAAAUCAGGUUAAACAGCGCAAACAAGCUAACGUUAAGUGAACCUUCAGCUAUAUCCCUGGAAAAUGUAAAUUCUUCGACUCGUGGCUCACCAAAAACUGUCUUGUUAAAGAACCGCAGGACAUCCAUAUGGCCCGAUGCAGAGCCUGCAGCAAAUCAAUAGAAAUUUACAUUUUACAUUUACGUCAUUUAGCAGACGCUCUUAUCCAGAGCGACUUACAAAUUGGUGCAUUCACCUUAUGAUAUCCAGUGGAACAACCACUUUACAAUAGUACAUCUAUAUCUAUUUUUUGGGGGGGGGGGGUUAGAAGGAUUACUAUAUCCUAUCCCAGGUAUUUGUCGCUAUAUUUAGCGAGUAUUCAGACCCCUCUAGCAACAAAUUUUCAAAAAAUUGACUUGCGACAAAUCUAGCGACUUUUUCUGGUUUUAUUGGAGACUGACUAUCUUUUUUACUCUUCUCAACGAGCAGCAGGUGCUGCCGUGGGCCCCACCCCGUCCCAAAGCACUCACAGGUGGCCAAGUCCUCGCGCAGCAGUCCCUCCCAGCUGCAGUUAGAGCAGAAGAUGUUCACCCCUUCGCGUCCAGACUGCAAAUGAAUCGCGCAUGCGGGAAGCCGCCGCUGGCUGAUGUAAAUGUAACAUGUUCUUUGUCUAAAAUAAAUCACUACACAAAAAUAAAUCACUGCUUUUGACUCA